AUGGGACCAUGUUCAUCGUAAUAAAGGAAGCCUGUUAGCACUAGUUAGGCUUUGGUGCCUGGCACUAAACCAACGAAUGCAGAGGAGUUUUAGGUACGUCCCAAUAUCUUUGCGACACUAAAAUAAGGUUCCAUAAGUACCUAUUAUAAAAUUGAGAAAAGUUUGGGUGCAGGGGCUUUUGGGGAAGUAAGGUUGGUUAUACAUAAAAGUUCAGGAUAUAAGAGAGCAAUGAAGCAAAUUAGAAAGGAUAAAAUAAUAAAAGAAGAUGAGGAGAAUAUGUUUUCGGAAGUAAACACUUUAAAGGAGUUGGAUCAUCCGAAUAUAGUGAAAUUACACGAACUGUUUUAGGAUGCAAAAAAUUAUUAUCUAGUAACUGAAUAUUUAGAAGGAGGGGAGUUAUUUUAGAAGAUUACCGAUAUGAAACAUUUUUCAGAAAAAAUGGCUGCAGAUAUUAUGAAAUAAAUUUUGGCUGGGGUCGUUCAUUGUCAUGAAAAGAAAGUAGUUCAUAGAGAUUUGAAACCUGAAAACAUUCUAUUCGAAAAUAAAAAACCAAACUCAAAUCUCAAAAUAAUCGAUUUUGGAACUUCAAGAAAGAUGGAAACUAACUAAAAUCUAACCAAGAGACUGGGAACUCCAUAUUACAUUGCACCUGAAGUCUUAAAGAGGAAUUAUAAUGAGAAAUGUGAUGUCUGGAGUUGUGGAGUUAUCUUAUAUAUUAUGCUUUGCGGUUAUCCUCCGUUUGGUGGUUAGGAUCAAGAGAUAUUGUAAAACAUCGAAUUAGGAAAAUAUGAAUUUGACCCUGAGGAUUGGAAUAAAAUAUCAGAGGAUGCUAAGAAUUUAAUUAAGAGAAUGUUAACCAAGGAUUAUCAAUUAAGAAUUUCUGCUUAAGAAGCUUACAAUGAUCCUUGGAUUCAAAAGAAUGCACCAAACGGACCAAUAGAUAUGAAGGCAAUUAAAAAUUUGUCAUCGUUUUUUGGUAAAAACAAAGUCAGGGCUGCCCUCAUGCAAUUUAUUACAACUAAUUUAAUGACCAAUACAGAAAAAGAGGGUUUAUUAAAUGAAUUUAAGAAAAUCGACAAAGAUGGUAAUGGAUAAAUAAGCAAGGAUGAAUUGCUAUAAGUUUAUAUGAAACAAUAUGAUGAAAUCAAAGCAAAGUAAAUGGUAGAUGACAUUUUUGAAAAAGUUGAUAUCAAUAGAUCUGGCUUUGUAGAUUUCACAGAAUUUAUGAUGUCAGCAUCCUCUGAAGAGAAACUAUUGAGCAAAAUUAAAUUAUAAUAAGCUUUCAAUAUGUUUGAUACUAAUGGAGACGGAUAAAUCAGUAGGGAAGAACUUUAAGAGAUUAUGGGAGGAGUGGAUGAUAAUUUAUGGACGGAAAUUCUCUAAAUGUGUGACGCAAAUGGAGAUGGUUAGAUUUCAUAAUAAGAAUUUAUUGAUUUCUUAGUGAAAAAAUAUUAACAAUGA